ACAAAAGUAUAAUUGGGUAGUUGGCAGCAGUGUCACUUCAGUCGGGUGAUGAAAUGGACACAAUAGUGAUGGUGGAAAAAUCAGACGUGCCAGGCGUUGCUAUACAAUGUGAACUGCUCUCGCCCAAAGGACAUUCGCGAGUAACUUAUGAAUUCGAUAUAGCAGAUAUUGGCCUCCGACGUCGCUUGGUACACCGACUUUACGGAAUACUAAUGCUACAGGUGGCCUGUACCUUGCCUUGUCUAGAGGUGCUGCUGAAAUAUCCCUUGCCUUUUAACUAUUCAAUGUGGAUAUCGAUAGUGAUAACCACAUCGAUUUAUUCAUGCCUUUACGUUUGGCGAGACUGGAGAAGAUUCGCCCCCUAUAACUACCUUGUUCUGCUGCUCAGUACACUCAUCGGAUCGUUCAAUAGGAGUAUAUAUCUACUUAGUUUGGUGCAAACACAUUGGGUUUAUGGCUAUCCCAUCAUUCUUGUGGUGGAGAUCUUGGGGCUGACACUAUUCUCCACCCAGAAGCGUUUUCGAUUCACCCAGUUCCGGGGGAUUGGCAUAAUCUGCCUAGUUUUCGGGAUGUUCAUUUGGCUGGCGUACCACCUGGACCGGAUGGUAGAGGUCUUCUCCGGAAUGGCCUGCACGGUGGAGGCGUGGUACAUCAUCUACGACACCCACUACAUGCUGUGCGGGCGACAUGGCUACAAUGUUGGACCCGAAGAGUGCGUCUUUGCCGCCUGCAACAUCCACUGCGAUCUGCCCAGGGGCGUUUGGCGACUUAUGAAGAUGCUCUUCUUCAGCAAGAUAGUGGAGGCCAUUCGCAUGUUUCGAGAAUGCUUCAGGACUGAGGUGUGUUAGGA